CCUAGCAUGCCUACUGUCAAUUAGACAUUAUAACGAGACGCCAUAUUUUAUUGAGUGAUACAUGUAACCCAACGAAUAUUUGCGUCGAAAGUUGUAACGCGAAUGGAAUUGAAAAUCUUGUUUAGCUAUUAGUAAAUCUUAUUAAAUUCAUAUCUCUUAUAUAUAGUAACUAAUUACUAUGUCCGGUGGAAGCGGUAACAACAGAAAUGAGUGCAGGAUAUAUGUCGGUAACUUGCCUCCGGAUAUCAGGACAAAGGACAUACAAGACUUAUUCUACAAAUUCGGUAAAGUCACAUUCGUCGAUUUGAAGAAUAGAAAAGGACCACCAUUUGCUUUCGUAGAAUUUGAAGAUCCCAGGGACGCGGACGACGCGGUGCGCGCGCGCGACGGCUACGACUACGACGGGUACCGGCUGCGCGUGGAGUCGCGCGGCGGCGGCGGCGGCGGCGGCGGCGGCGCGCGCGGCCGCGGCGGCGCCGAGCGCUUCGCCGGCCGCGCCGCCGCCCGCGGCCCGCCCGCGCGCCGCUCCGACUACCGCGUGCUCGUCACCGGCCUGCCGCCCUCCGGCUCCUGGCAGGACCUCAAGGACCACAUGCGCGAGGCGGGCGACGUCUGCUUCGCCGACACCUUCAAGGACGGCACCGGCGUCGUCGAGUUCCUGCGCCACGAGGACAUGAAGUACGCCGUCAAGAAGCUCGACGACUCGCGCUUCAGGAGCCACGAGGGUGAGGUCUCCUACAUACGCGUGAAGGAGGACUACGGAGGAGGCGGCGGCGGCGCCGACAGGUACAGCGGUGAUCGCGAUAGGUCGCGGUCGUACUCGCCGCGGCGGCGCGCGUCGCCCACAUACUCGCCGGUGCGCCGCUCGUAUUCGCGCUCGCGCUCGCGCUCGCGUUCGCCCUACUGAGCGCUCGCACACGCAGCGCGAGCCGCCGCCGCCGCCGCCGCCGCAGCCGCCGCCGCUAUACUAGCACUAGCCCUAGCACUAGACUGUACCUAGCGUAGCUCGACCCGCUGCGGCCUCUACACGCUUAUCUGUACGAUAUUUAGCCUCAUCCUAACAUAUACAUCGUAUAUAUCGCCCGUUUUACUCAUUUGAAUGUUUUUCAAAUUAGGCGGUAGUUUCAUAAAAAAUUGACAAUUUGUAUAUUAACGAACUAUCCCCUACGGGGGUAGGUAGAUGCUAUUAGAAUGGCCAGGACGAUGUAAGUCUUUCAUAUCAUACAGUUGUGAUCUACUUCGUCCGAGCUGUUGUAAUACAAGUUGAAGGACAAGUUUGUUUAGUAUAAGGCUAAGAAUUCUACAGAUAAUAUAUAUAUAUAUAUAAU